AUGUCAAACAAUACCAGAAUAAUACCAAAAACAUGUCUAAUAUGCGGCGAUAAAGCUAAUGGUAAGGAAUACAUUCACUCUCGAGAGCAGAAGAAACUAAAACGAGAAAAUGACAAAAAGGCCAAAGAGUUUAGUGCCGUUGUCUCUGAGAUAAGUGCUGUGGACUCGACCACCGCUGGCCUCACAUCCGACGGCAACUCCAACUCAACGGACGCUCGACUAUCGCUCGACGGACUGGAAAGCGAUUCAAUGAAUACGGAAAACACGGACACAAAUAUCGGUCUCAUCGAGAGAUACAUCGGCGGCAAUAACAACAACACCGCCGAUGACAUGGCCUGCAAAGCGUUGGCCGUCCAGCGACUGGUGGCGCCCGUAAUCAUCACCGACUAUAGCAACACGUUGAACGAGGUGGAGGGCAGUCGCCUCUGGGAGCUCCAGAACGCCAUCCAAUUCCUGAAAUACCCGUCAUUACAGUUGAGCCAAACAAUUGUGGAGAACUUUGUGGACGCGAGGCGUAUAUUUCAGGGCAAUUGCGAUCAGGAGACCCGCAAACUGGUGAAGAUGUCCAAAUCGUUGACCACGUUCGCCACCAUGUGCGAAUCGGACCAGUUGACCUUGCUCAAAUACGCCUCCCUAGAGAUUGCCGUAAUGCGAAUGAUAGCCUAUUUUGAUUUCGAUACUCAAUACUGGAAUGUGAUAUCAGUGAGUUUAUAG